AUGGAGCUCCCCAGCACCAAAGACUUCCAAUGGAAAUCCCUGGCUCCGCUGCCGAGCCGCAGAGUUUACUCCACGCUGGUGGAGGCGGCCGGGCAGGUUUUCGCCGUGGGCGGCUGCGAUGACAACGGCGUCCCCGUGGAUUCCUUCGAGGUUUAUUCCCCCGAGGCCGACCAGUGGGCAUCGCUGCCCCCCAUGCCCACAGCCAGGGCCGGGGUGGCCGUCACGGUGCUGGGCAAGAGGAUCAUGGUGGUCGGUGGCGUGGGCAUGAACCAGCUGCCCCUGAAGGUGGUGGAGAUGUACAACACGGAUGAGGGACGCUGGAGGAAGCGCAGCUCGCUCCGAGAGGCCGCCAUGGGCAUCUCGGUGACUGCCAAAGAUUACAGGGUGUACGCAGCGGGCGGGAUGGGCUCGGACCUGCGGCCCCACAACUUCCUGCAGCACUACGACGUGCUCAAGGACAUCUGGGUGUCCCUGGCUGCCAUGCCCACCCCCCGCUACGCGGCCACCUCCAUCCUGAGGGGCUCCAAAAUCUAUGUGCUGGGGGGAAGGCAAUCCAAGUACGCCGUCAACGCCUUCGAGGUCUUCGACACGGAGACGCGGUCCUGGACCAAAUUCCCCAACAUUCCCAACAAAAGAGCCUUCUCCAGCUUCGUGCCCACCGAGGAGAAGCUCUUCAGCCUCGGGGGGCUGCGCCAGGGCCGGCUCUACCGGCAGCCCAAGUUCAUGAGGACGGUGGAUGUGUUCGACCUGGAGCAAGGCGGGUGGAUGAAGAUGGAGCGCUCCUGCUACCUGAAGAAAAGGCGAGCAGACUUCGUGGCCGGCUACCUGCGAGGCAGAGUUGUCGUGGCUGGGGGCCUGGGGAAUCAGCCCACUGUGCUGGAGUCGGCGGAGGCUUUCCACCCGGAGAAGAACAAGUGGGAGAGCCUCCCCCCCAUGCCCACCCCGCGCUGUGCCUGCUCCAGCAUCGUCCUGCGGGAUUGUCUGCUGGCCGUGGGUGGCGUCAGCCAGGGGCUCAGCACGGCUGUGGAGGCCCUGUGCCUCUCUGAUUCCUGA